UAAAGAGAAAUAAACCAGCCAGUGCCCGUUAGCCGACCGUCUCCACCUCGUCCAUGACCUGGAUCAUGUGUGACGACGACCACCGUUAAAGUCGCGAGUAUUUCCGUCGGGAUUCAGCAUUUGCAUCGCUUUUGUUGUCCUUUUAGCAUCGGCGCAACGGGAAUGGCGUUGUACGCGGGCACCACCACCACCACCACUAUGGCUACUUCUGUAGCGGCUGUUGUGGCCAUGCUAGCCGUCGUCCUGUGCUCUUCUCCAGUGAGCGCCAAUGAGGACUGCCUGUGGUACGUGGACAAGAACGGCACGUGGCACAAUGGCUUCGACUGCCCGCUCGUCACUUUCUGCUGUGGAAACUGCCAGCGGCGUUACUGCUGCCUGGACGCCUUCAAGAUGAUCACUGAACGCGAGCAGAAGCGCUGCAUGCUCUUCCAAUUCAGCCCGACUACGUUGGCUGGCAUUGCCUCGUCCAUCCUGCUCUUCGUGGCCAUCAUUGCCACCAUGGUGUGCUGCUUCAUGUGCUCCUGCUGUUACCUCUACCAGAGACGGCUGCAGAGGGGAAGGACUCCUUAUGACCCCCAGCAGAUCCCAAUGGCUAGCUACCCUGUGGAGCCAAUGUAUGACGCUUAUGGAAAACCACUGGGACCAUCUGACUAUGCACACGCAGGCUAUCCUAUGGCACCCCAGUACCCAGGCAUGGCUUCCCAGUACCCCAUGAUGCAGCCUGGACCUUAUCCACCUCCUUCUAUGGAUCCUGCAUACAACCAGCCCCCUCCUCCGUACUCCCCGCCCCAGUAUCCUGGUCACUGAUUGGCUCAUCUGAACUCGCACACACUUACGUUCAUAUAUACAAAGUGGUAACAGCAGAGACAAAGGACUGUUUUUAAAACGCACCUCAUCAAAUAAUGCUUCAGAGUGUUUAACCAGCAAACAAAAGAAAAAAUAAUAAUAUUUAGCAGGUUAUUUAUUUUUUGUUACUGUCUUAACAACAUUGAACUUUUUCAUGUAUGUCCUUCAUUCGCCAAGCGAAAUAGUCUUUGGGCAGGUUUUGCACAAGACGCGGUACCACCCCCAAACUGUAGGGGGAGACUGAAAAGAAUGUGAAUAGAAGGGAAGACUUCACACUGCAUGAUCAAGGUUUUCAUGUCAGCCCAAAAAAAAGGGAAGUCUUGCCUCUGAGCGUCACAUGUUCCAAAUACUUGGCAGGCUAAAUAUUUGGAAGUACUACUGAGAACAGGGUAUGUGUAUUUUCACAUGCCGUCUUAUCGUGUAUUAUUUAUCAUUUCACAGGAAAUGUCUGUUUUGAGAAAGUGCUGACUCAGGGUGAACCUUCCUGGUGGAUGAUGAUGUAACAAUAGGGAAAAUUAUGUGAUUGCAGCACAGAUUCUGGAAGUCUACAAAAAUAAGGUAAAACACACGAAAACAAGAGAGAAAAACAUAAAAGGAAUUAAAAGAGCACAAAGCUGAUGCAACCAGCUGCCACUUCAGUGGUGCCAUUUCUACAGCUACAAAAGUAACCAAAGCAUGAGCAGUCAAUAUAAUCAAUAAUCAGUGAUUGGCAAGCUACCUGAAAAUGUAGUACCGGUAAACUAAAAUACAAAUUACUCUAGAUUAAAUGUAGCUAAGCUACAGAGGAAGCUACCCCCAGAGAAUUAUAACAAGCUGCACGGCAAAAGUAGCUGUCUACAUCAAAGCUACAUUUAACUGCAUUUCUAUGUAUGAGCCCACAUGUACAAUAUCAAUGUUAAUGUAACGGAAAGUGUACAAAUGGACCCAGUAAGGGUCCAUUACUAUUAACUAUCUGUCAUUUCGCUGGGGGUCCCCGCAUCCCAAUCUAUGUAUUUAUUUUAGUUUGCCUUUUCUUUGGCCCACCCCUAUAAUGUUAUCAUUUUCUCUAUCAAACAGCAUCUAUUUAUAUCUUGAUUAAAAAAAACAAGUUGUUAAUUGUUUUGUGCAGUAGAACUUUUCAUGAACUCAACUCCCUUUAACGUGUAUUCCUAAAUUUAUGUUCCACGUCUUCGAUGAAGAGAGCAGUUACGAUUUUGGUUUACAGAGUAAACAACUAAAAACUAAGGUUCUGAGCAUUGUUUUCUCUAAACCAGUGGUUCUUGACCUUGUUGGAGGUACCGAACCCCACCAGUUUGGCGCAUUCACCGAACCCUUCUUUCGUGAAAAAUAAAAAUGUUUUUUUUUCCAAAUUCAAUGUUUUUUUAAUGGUGCACAAAAUGAACCGUGCAUGAACAUCACCUUGUUCAAAGAACAAAACCAACACAGUGCAUAAACUCACAACAAAUGACACACCUGUAAAUCAGAUGGAAAAUUAGAGGGAAUAUUGUUUGGGGGUAUCCAUAGUACGCCGAUAGGGAGAAGUUUUUUAUUUACACGAUGAGUAGGGUGUGUCUUGACCUCCGCCGUACCCCUAAGGCCGACUCACUGAACCCGUAGGGUUCGAUCGAACCCAGGUUAAGAACCACUGCUCUAAACGCAUACAUUUGUCUAAAUAUGGUUGAGGAAACACAUCAUUGUGGGUUUCCUGAACAUCGUCUUCAUCACUAAAGGAAAAAUGUAAUCUGCAUGAGAGAACUCCUCUGACAUUUUCUAGUAUGUUACUUUUUUUUUGUGAGUGGUCAGCUUGAAGCGUCCCUCUGUCUCCGACUCUCUCGUCGUCAUGUGACAUGAGUGCGUGUCUGUUAUGAUUUUGCUUCCUAGUUUCGAUGACCCGCUUUAUCUUGCCUCUGAUUGGCCAGUUUGUAAUGUUUCGCCUUAGCCAAUUGCGACUCAUCAUACAAACACCAACCAAUCAUGGAUUUUCCCCGUAUUUAUGGAUGUUCUCAUUCAUCAAGGUCAUUGUAUUAUCUCUGUUUUUUGAGGGGCCGUGGAUUCGCAGUCCAUUUUCUCUCUGUAGCUUGUAGCUUUGAUGUAAGCUACCUUGCAACAUGGCUCUAAAAGUAGCUAAGCUACAGGAAAAGUUACUUGUUAAAAAAGUAGCAAGGCUACCGCCAAGCUACUGGGAUAUGUAGGUAAGCUACGUAGCUUAGCUACAUGUAACUUGUUACUGCCCAUCACUGUCUAUAAUACAUAAUGCGCACAUACGAUUACACCAUGCAUAGACAAACAACAAAAUGCGAACCCUGCAAGAAAUGUUGUACAAAACUUGGAAGAAAACAUUUUUUGAAAAAGAAGUUGUGACUUUGUAGAAAAAUGUUUUUUUUUUUUUUUUUAAAGAAAUUUCUCUCAAACAAAAGUUGCACAAUUAAAAGGAAAACUUUACCAGAAAAAAAAUAUUUUUGUGAAGGAAGUCAACUGGCAAUUAAGUCAGCGUUUGUGUAUAUAAUAUAUCGCGUAAAAGAGGAGCUUUGCAAAAAAUAUUACGAGAAUGUCGUCCUAAAGAAGAAAAAAAUCUCCAUUAUGCAAUUAAAUUAUACAUUUUUGAGAGCAAAUUCAAUAUGACUGAGUUGUAAUAUUCUUGCUUUGGUUUCCCAAUAUUGCAUAGAAAUAAGUGAAUUUUACAAAAAGGAGUACACAAGAAUCAAGUCCUGUUAUUUGUAUUAUUAUUGCACAAAAUGUACUUCUAUCCGAAUAAAUAUUGUAACGCACCAAUGCCAAACUUGGGGAAACAUUUUUUGUGAAGAAAAUUAUGACUUUUAGAAAAAUUCAGAUUUUUUUAAAAUGUUUUUUUUUUUUUUUUAAAGAACUUU